UCUCUUUUCAAUAAACUUUUCUGAAAACUAGUACACUUGAAAAUUUCCUGAAAUGGGCAUCGUCGACAAAUUUCUGUACUUCUUCGAGCUGAAGUACGGAAUACUCAUAAUUGGGUUCGUGGACAUCAUCCAAAGUAUACUCUGCGGGUGCUACUUGCCAUGGAUAAGACGCAAAGUGGAUAAAGAUGUGUCGAUCCUUACAGAGCCGGCGUAUACUAUUUAUGGGCCAUCCCUUCCGAAACGUUCGCAGUUGUACAAGUUUUAUGUUGGUGAAGACUUUUACUUCAAUAGGUUCGGCUAUGCAAUGUAUAUAUUCUGCCUGAUUGUCCUCGUUCUUCACAUUGGCGCCUCCAUACUCAUCAUUGUUUCCGUACUUUCGGAGGAGAAAACAAUGGCUGCCCCCUACGUUGCCACUGCCCUGAUGCGCUUCGUUGUGCUGCUCCUCAUCCUAAUUUGGAUAGUGACCAAGUCGUUCGACUGCACCACCAGUUUUUGGCUGAUAGGCCUGAGUCUGUUUCCAGCUCCCUACUUUUGGCUAACGGUCGUGUCUUGGUAUAACCCGCCGACCUCGGAAUAAACUUAG